CUUAAAAGUUUUAUCUAGUCCUGUUCCUGAAGUCAGAAGAUGACUUGGAGUGACCUCACCCAGAGAAUAAUCAUCCUUUCUCUCACUGGACCAGGAAUGGUGGGAAACCUCCUCAUAGUUGUGAGACAUGCACACACUUUGGUCAUGGGUUUAGUGAAAAAAUCCAUAGAUCUUAUCCUCAUCCAUUUGGCUUUUUCAAAUAUUAUCGUCAUCUGUACCACAGGAGUGAGAGACAUAAUCACAGUCAUUUAUAUCAGUAACUUCCUACUAGGUGAGAUUAUUUGUAAAACUGUGUUUUACUUGAACAGGGUUGCUCGAAGUCUCUCCAUCUGCACCACCUGCCUCCUCAGUGUAGUCCAGGCCAUCACCAUCAGUCCCAGGAACACCUUGUGGACAAAGAUCAAACCACACACUGCAUGGCAGGUUCUUCCCUACCUCCUCAUCAUCUGGGUCUUUAGCUUCCUCAUAAGUUCUAACUUGCUCCACUAUACCACAGCAGUCAACAGCAUGAAUAAAUCUGCAGUUAGAAAACAUGUUGAGUAUUGUUACCUACUGCCAGCUCCACACAUAAUCAAAUGGCUUGUCCUCUGCUUCAUGGCUCUUCGAGACCUCACCUUUCAGAGUCUCAUGGGAUGGAGCAGUCUGUACAUGGGUCUACAUCUGUACAAACAUCACAAACGUGUCCUCUACCUCCAGAGAUCCAGGUGUGCUAAAUAUCCCAGCCCAGAGAUCAGAGCCACUCAGAGUACUCUCAUUCUCAUGACCUGCUUCCUGUUCUUUUAUUGGGCAGAUUUUAUUUUCUCCUUCUACAUAGGGUUCACUCUGACACAGAUUUUCACAUUAUCCAAUGUCAAACUAUUUCCAGAAUUUGGUUUUGCCAGUCUCAGUCCCUGUGUCCUGAUUGCCAGAGAAUUCUACCUUGCUAAAUGCUGGAGUGCUCACUGA